CACUUCCGAAGAUGGGCAAGACCAGUGUCGCACUGGUAGUGUUAACUGCUGUUUUCUCGAUAGUAGUUUACCGACAAGUGAAAUUUCUGUACGAGGUACCGACCCUACCUCCGCUAGAAAAUACCUGGUGGGGUCCUGGGGACCCUUCCAACGAAGACAAGGAGAUCAGGCCCUUCAAGAUCAACGUGUCUGAUGGGGUGCUCAAAGAUCUGCAGCAGAGGUUAGCCAACGCCUUGCCUUUCCAAGAACCCCUAGAAGGUGCCAAGCAGCAUUACGGGAUAAACUCCAAACACCUGAAGAACAUCAUCGACUUCUGGCGAACGAAAUACAACUGGAGGGAGAGGGAGAAGUUCCUCAACCAGUACCCCCAGUUCACAGUCAGCGUACAGGGGUUGAAAAUCCACUAUUUGCAUGUCAAACCAAAGGAAACCAAGGGGGUGAAGGUGUUGCCCUUACUGUUGCUCCAUGGUUGGCCAGGUUCAGUCAGGGAGUUCUACGAGAUCAUCCCUCUCCUCACCACCCCACAGAAGGGGAGGAGUUUCGUUUUUGAGGUUAUAGCACCGUCCUUGCCAGGAUAUGGUUUCUCGGAAGCAGCCACCAGGCCAGGCUUAGGUUCCGCCCAAAUGGCCAUCGUCUUCAAGAACUUCAUGGCGCGACUUGGUUACGAGAAGUACUACCUCCAAGGGGGCGAUUGGGGCGCAGCUAUAGUCCAGAAUAUGGCCUCCCUUUUCCCUGACAAAAUAAUGGCGGUACAUUCUAAUAUGUGCCUUAUCACCACCCCCCUGUCCGGCGUGAAGCUGUUCUUGGGUAGUUUUUACCCUCCCCUGAUCGUCAGCAGGGAGUUGGAAGAUAAAGUGCACCCCCUAGCGGAAAAGAUGUCUGCUAUGAUGCUGGAACUUGGCUAUAUGCACCUUCAGGCUACAAAACCCGAUACUGUUGGUGUCGCAUUAAGAGACAGUCCUGUGGGUUUGGCAGCCUACAUCCUGGAGAAAUUUACGACCUGGACAAAUCUCGCUUGGAAGGACUUAGACGACGGAGGACUGACGAAAAAGUUCUCUUUGACCAACCUUCUGGAUAACGUGAUGAUAUACUGGGUGACGAGAUCUAUUACCACGUCGAUGAGAUUGUAUUCUGAGACCUUCAACCAGGCCAGCUAUGAUUCACAAUUAGAGAACUGUUUGAACAACGUACCAGUGAGAGUUCCAAGCGCCUGUGCCAGAUUUUCCAAGGAUUUACUUAUCCAUCCGGAAAGUAUACUUCGAGAUAAAUUCAAGAAUCUCAUCCACAUUUCGGAUCUGGAGGGGGGCCAUUUCGCCGCGUUCGAAGUUCCUAAGACUCUGGCUGAUGAUGUAUAUGCGUUCAUUGAUAAACUCGAAACGUUGCAAAGUAGCAAAUAGUUUUUAAUGUUGUUAUUUUUCAAUAAAUUAAUC